UCUGUCACCUGACACACGGAGCUCAGCUCCACCUCUCCUCUCCUCUCCUCUCCGAUCCAAACCAGCAUUUCAAGGUUAUCUCUGGCAGGAGCUUCACCCCGCGGAUCCUAUGGGGAUUUUUACCAUCGCACUUUGUCUUUGGGCUGCCGUCGGAGUGGGAAGCCGGCCGGUGACAUCGCCUCUUAAUGAUGCAAAGGUUGAUUGUAUUAUUCAGAAGACCCUGAAUGAGGAUGACUUCCCCCCUGAUUGUGGACCACAGCUGAACGAGGAAGUUGAUGAAACGCAAAGACAUCAGGGUCUUCUCAGAGAGCUGCAGAAGCUUGCUGAUGACGAGAAAGAAAAGGAACACGGGUAUGAAAGAGAGAGAUACGAGUACAAUCUGGCUGAUGAUGAAAGUGACUUCGAGCAGACGAAGGACGACGAGGGAGACGUGAGCGAUUCUGAAAAAAAGACAGAGGAAACGAAAGACAGGACGGAGGGCGAUGAAACAAAGAGGAGGGCGGAUGAGCCACGCAUCGAAGGAAGAGAGACAGGCGAUGAAGAGGAGAGAGCCAAGGAGCUGGAGGAGCUGCUCGCUCAAGAGAUCACAAAGAAAGUCAAAGAGGAGAAGAACGAUGAGGAGCUGAAAGAGCUGCUGAAAGAGCUGAAGAAGAAGCGAUACGAGGCCGUGAAGGAGAGGGAGAUCCAGAAAGGCCCUGACACAGAGCAGAAGGAGGACGCGGAGGAGGAAAAGAUUAAGCAGAGCAAAGAGAAGGAGCAAGAAACGGCAGGGGACUUGGAGAAGCAGAAGAUGGAAGAGAGAAGGAAGAAUGAGGUGGAGCUGAUGGUGGAGAAGGAGAAGGUGGAGAAAGAGCUGAAGGAGCUGCUCAAGGAGCAGGACAGCAGGAGCAAGCCGGAUCAGGAGAGGGAGAGGAAGGAGAAGCAGGAGGAGCUGGAGGAACUCGUAAAGAAGAUGAAACUGGCGCAGGAGCAUGAGGAGGAGGAGGAGGAGGAGGAGGUGCAGGACGGAGACACGGAGGGUGGCGAGGAUGGACAAGUUCAGGAUGACCAGAGCACAGAGAAGAACGGAGAAGAGGACGAAGAGGUUGACGGAAAUGCUGAGAAACAAGACAAGACAGAGGAAGCUGUGGAGAUGAAGGAGCCGCCGCAGAAGAGAGUGAUGGAGAAAGCCAGCGAUGAGGCCACGCGGCAGUUUGAGCGGGAGAGGUACAAUGACGAGGAAGAGGAGGAGGAAAACGGGGAAGAUGAGGAUGAAUAUGUCAGAGAGGAUGAUGAGGGCCAGGAGGAUGAAGAUGAUGAGGACGAAGAGAAUGUCGUGGAGGAUGAAGGGGAGGAGCUGUUGGAGAUUGAAUCAGAGCUGCGUAAAGUGGCUGCAGAGCUGAGGGAGCUUCGCAGAGGCUAGGACCCCCACAGCCGACGGACAGGCUCCUCUACUGCGGUCUCAUUUUAAGCUCACACGUUUUUUAUUUAACAGCCUUCAUAAUCUUUACAGCAAUCGAAGAAAUGUAUUUAGAUGUGAAUCUGUAAACGGAGAGUCGUAGAAACUCUCCACGCUGUUGCGUUAUGACUGCUUUUAAAAUGUGUCGUUGGUUCCUCGGUUGGAUGCAGUUUCCUGGAGAGUCCAAAGCUUGAGUCCAGCCUUGUUGUUCCUGUCCCGUUAAUUAUGAAUGUUAUUUGUAAAGUCGAUAUUUUCACUUCAUUUGCACUUUCACACACUGUUGCACUUUCAUUGAAACAUUAAUUUUGCUCGGCAGCCACCAAGAGUCACAUUUUCUUUUGCAGUCUGCUUCUUUGUUCAUCCCUACUUUUGCAUUUUGGUGAGAAAAACCGCCUCCUAACUGAUAAUAUGUAGAUAUUUUUGUGCAAUAACUGUUACGUAUAUGUAAGCUGUCCCUGCUGUUCCGACUGUUAAAGAUAUAUAUCUGACACCGUUAUUCUCCACACAGGAAGGACUCAUUUCCUAUUCAUUUGUUUGAUCAAGUAGAAGCCAGGAUGGCGUUUCAUUUGGCUCGCGCACUGUUAAAACCAGACUGUUUGUGAUGAACUCAAGUGACACAAGCCGAACCCGACCAAGGAUGCAGUAAUUUUAGACGCCUUUGCUUAAGUCAGAUGUGAACUCUGUCUUUCAUGUGGGUGUAGCGCGGUGACGGUAGGUGAUGUACUAAGAGCUUACCAGGUCUAAAAGUGUCACUUCAGGUUCUCGGCCAGCUUUGCACUCUUAUCUCAACAAGCCAAGGAGGACGUGAGGGCCGGAGGAGGGACACACUAAAGCCAUUUGUUGUCGUUGGGAAACAGCAACACUGACAAUCUCAACUGAUUUUAUGACUGUCAUCUCAUUUGUGUAAAUAUUAGCCUCGUGGUCUGUAAGCCAAGGUUUUAAGAAAUACGAAGCAACAGCGCCCCCUUGAGGACAGUGGCUAGACAUGCACACGGUGCAGGAUUAACAGGGUUGUCAAUGGAGGCCCUCUUGCUGCAAUAAUACAGUAUAGAUUAUAGCACACAUGAAUGCAAUAAAUAGCCAGAAUUCGUUAUUUAAUGUAUUUUAAUAUGUAAUCAAAGUGCAUCAUUAAAUUUUUGUAUAGCAAAUAUAGUCCCUUGAUUUUAUACACAGCCAAGACUUAUUGUACAUUUAUGUAUUUGAACGCUGGCGAGGUAGCUGGUCAGUUUGUGUGGACAAAGAGUAACGACACACACUAUGAAUUGCUGAAGAGCUCAUUACAGUCUAUUCCAAAGAGGAGAAGUUUGUUGAAUGUACUGUAGUUUUCUAUAGAAGUGUGACAUGUUUCCUCUAAAUGUAACUUUCAAACCAGCAAGAAGGGUAGAAACUGUUAGUUUUUGUUGGGGUGACCCCCCCGAGCGGACAUGACAAUUCAAACACUGGAGAACAAUAAAAAUAUGAUUUGCAAUAUUACUGGCCAGUCAGAAUCCUGUAUUUUGUGCCUGCUGUAUCCUCCUGUAUUCCACCUGUCAAUCAAUAAACGGAGUAUCAAACCA